AUGAAUGAAGACAAUGCUCGUUUCUGCCUCCUGGCUGGGCUCAUCCUGCUGUACUUGUUGUGUGGGGCGGCCAUCUUCUCAGCCCUGGAACACCCCUUUGAACUCCGUGCCCGCCGCCUCUGGAAACAGCAGCUGGAAAACUUCACCCAGAGAUACAGGGUCAACCUGGGUGCCCUGCACACUCUCCUGCGACAGUAUGAGGAAGCAAACGGAGUUGGGAUCAGAGUGGACACGCUUAGGCCCCGCUGGGACUUUUCUGGAGCCUUCUACUUUGUGGGCACAGUGGUCUCCACUAUUGGCUUUGGCAUGACCACACCGGCGACCAUAGCUGGAAAAAUAUUCUUAAUCUUCUAUGGUCUCAUCGGCUGUGCUGCAACCAUCCUCUUCUUUAACCUCUUCCUGGAGAGGAUCAUCACGAUGUUAGCUUACAUCAUGCGCUGGUGUCAUGAGCGUCGGCUAAGGUGUGCUGGAGUUGGGUUGGUGUCAAGCAGGGAGGAGUCGUCCGGUGAGGAGGACAGCCUGGAAGGCUGGAAACCGUCAGUCUAUUACGUGAUGCUGAUCCUGGGUGUUGCAUCGGUUGUGAUUGCGUGCAGUGCCUCCACUCUGUACAGCUCCAUGGAGAACUGGAGCUACGUGGACUCCCUCUACUUCUGUUUUGUGGCCUUCAGCACCAUCGGCUUCGGGGACCUGGUGAGCAGUCAGAGACAGCAGUAUGAGUCUCAGGAGGCCUACCGGCUUGGGAACUGCCUUUUCAUCUUAAUGGGGGUGUGUUGUAUCUACUCACUCUUUAAUGUCAUUUCUAUUAUCAUCAAGCAAACUCUAACCUGGAUCGUGGGUAAGCUGGUCUGCUCGGGGCGGCAUGCACACCUCAGACAAAAACGCUUAAAACGCAACACCGUGCAGCCCAUGUCAUCCCGCUGCCCUGCAGGAAGACACCUCUGCAGGGACGGCUCGGUGGAGACAGUGUGUGACAGUGAGACGGAUGCAGGUGCAGUGGCUGCGGGCCGGCGUCUGUCAGGAGAGAUGAUCUCCGUCAAUGAGUUCAUGGUGUCCAAUAGGGUGUCUCUGGCACUGCUGCAGAAGCAGCUGAGCGAAACAGCUCAUCAGGGCCCACGGCAGAGCUACGGCCAUCAAAAUGGAUUCUCUGGUGGUGUGGGGGCCUUGGCCAUUAUGAAUAAUCGCCUACAGGAAACCAGUGUGGAUAGGUAG